UCACAUGGCAAAUCUACGUCACAUGCGUCACGUUUGAGCCAAGAUGGCGACUGCCGGGGGUGAGCCUGUAGCCCAGGGAGGCAGUAGAGACGAUGCAUUUCAGACGUUUUACUCCGAGGUAAAACAAAUCGAGAAGAGGGACUCUGUACUGACGCCGAAGCAACAGAUAGAGCGAUUGCUUAGGCCUGGCUCGUCGUAUUUUAAUCUCAACCCGUUUGAGGUGCUGCAGCUCGACCCAGAGGCCACGGAUGAAGAGGUCAAGAAGCGCUUCCGACAGCUGUCCAUCUUGGUGCAUCCUGACAAGAACCAGGAUGAUCCAGAUCGCGCCCAGAAGGCUUUCGAAGCGGUUGACAAAGCAUACAAGCUGCUCCUGGACCAAGAACAAAAGAAGCGUGCAGUCGAUGUGAUCCACGCAGGGAAGGAAUAUAUCGAGCAUAUGAUGGUACAGAAGAGAAAACAGCUGAAGAAGGAAGGCAAACCACAGAUCGUGGAGGAGGACGACCCUGAAAUGUUCCGGCAGGCGGUCUACAAGCAGACCAUGAAGCUGUUUGCUGAGCUGGAGAUCAAGAGGAAGGAGCGCGAGGCCAAGGAGAUGCACGAGAGAAAACGUCAAAGGGAGGAGGAAAUUGAAACGGCGGAGAAGGCUAAACGAGACCGGGAGUGGCAGAAGAACUUUGAGGAAUCCAGAGAUGGGCGUGUGGACAGCUGGCGUUCCUUCCAGGGCAAAGGGAAGAAGAAAGAGAAGAAGCCUCGCACCUUCUUGAAGCCCCCCAAAGUCAAGAUGGAGCAGAGAGAGUGAAGCUGUCCUGACUGUGUGUGUGUGUGUGUGUGUGUGUGUUGUAAUUUGUGAGGGUGUGCAUAGACGUUCAGGGGUUCAUUUCUCGAUUCUUGUCGUUGCUAACCGUCUUAAGACCGUCUUACGACCGUCUUACCGUUGUCUUGGAUUUAGUGGUGAGCGUCGCUGUUGAGAGGGAGUUGAGUCGCUCUUACGAAGGACGUUGCUACCGUCGUUAGCAAAGACGCUUUCGAAAUACGGACCCCAGAGCAGCUGCCGAUGAUAUCCAUUCUCAACACUCAAAUACCCAUCGACCCUGUUCACACUCAGACACGUCCUUCAUUAUCUUGUCUUUAGUUUUUUUUUUCCUAUUUUGUUUUAUUUUGUUGAGUAAAAUGUACAUAUUUGUGGAAAUUGUCACUCUAGAAAUGAAACAUAAGGCUUAGUAUGUGUUAGUAUGAGGAUUACCUUGUUUACUUUUUUUCUCCAAUGUCUGUCUACAGUUAUACUUUUUUUUACCCUCUUCAGACAAAAUAAAUGCUUGUUUGUAGAGAC